AUGUUCAGAAAGACCUUGAAGAAGGACCCCGAGCUGUUCCAGAACGUGUCCGAGGGGCUGCGGAAGCUUUACCGAACCAAACUGUUCCCGCUGGAGGACACGUAUCGAUUCCACGACUUCCACUCCCCAGCGCUGGAAGAUGCCGACUUCGACAACAAGCCGAUGGUCCUUCUGGUGGGGCAGUACUCCACCGGUAAAACCACCUUCAUCCGGCACCUGAUGGAGCAGGACUUCCCCGGUAUGCGCAUCGGCCCGGAGCCCACCACGGACUCUUUCAUCGCGGUGAUGCACGGCGAGCAGGACGGGGUGAUCCCUGGAAAUGCCCUGGUGGUGGACCCCAAGAAGCCCUUCCGUAAACUCAACGCAUUUGGAAACGCCUUUCUUAACAGGUUCAUGUGUGCCCAGAUGCCCAAUCCCGUCCUGGAAAGCAUCAGCAUCAUUGAUACUCCUGGAAUCCUGUCUGGAGAAAAGCAGAGGAUAAGCAGAGGUUACGACUUUGCUGCGGUGCUGGAGUGGUUUGCUGAGCGCGUGGACCGCAUCAUCCUCCUGUUCGAUGCCCACAAGCUGGACAUCUCCGAUGAGUUCUCCGAGGUGAUCCGGGCUCUAAAGAACCACGAGGACAAGAUGCGUGUGGUGUUGAACAAAGCGGAUCAGAUCAGCACCCAGCAGCUGAUGAGGGUCUACGGGGCGCUGAUGUGGUCACUGGGAAAAAUCAUCAACACACCUGAGGUGGUCCGCGUGUACAUCGGGUCAUUCUGGGCUCAGCCGCUGCUGGUCCCUGAUAACAGGAAGCUGUUUGAGGCGGAGGAGCAGGACUUGUUCUUGGACAUCCAAUCUUUGCCACGCAACGCUGCUCUGCGCAAACUUAAUGACCUCAUCAAAAGGGCACGCCUUGCGAAGGUGCAAGCCUACAUCAUCAGCUCCCUGAAGAAGGAGAUGCCCAGUGUGUUUGGGAAGGACUCCAAGAAGAAGGAGCUAAUCGCCAACCUGGGAGAGAUCUACCAAAAAAUCGAAAAGGAGCACCAGAUCUCACCCGGAGACUUUCCUAAACUUGAAAAGAUGCAGGAGCUGCUGAACGGUCAGGACUUCACCAAAUUUGCAUCCCUGAAGCCCAAACUGCUGGAGUCGGUGGAGGACAUGCUCGCCAACGACAUCGCCCGUCUCAUGGCGAUGGUGCGCCAGGAGGAAUCUGCUAUGCCGAGCCAGGUGGUCAAGGGUGGAGCCUUUGAGGGAACCAUGACCGGACCUUUCGGCCACGGCUACGGCGAGGGAGCCAGCGAAGGCAUCGACGAGCUGGAGUGGGUAGUGGGGCGUGACAAGCCUACAUACGAUGAGAUCUUCUACACUCUCUCUCCCAUCAACGGCAAAGUGUCCGGUAAUGCUGCCAAAAAGGAGAUGCUGAAGUCCAAGCUCCCCAACACGGUCCUAGGAAAGAUCUGGAAGCUGGCCGACGUGGAUAAGGACGGCUACCUCGACGACGAGGAGUUUGCUCUGGCCAACCACUUGAUCAAGGUGAAGCUGGAGGGUCACGAGCUGCCAGCCUCGCUGCCCGAACACCUGGUGCCUCCGUCCAAACGUGGGAUAGCGCUGCAAGAGUAGGGCAGCGGAACGGAGAUGGGCCGCAUCAACACUCAUGUUCAGGACUCUCAGUGCCAAAAGUUCAACCGCGAGCAUGAACAGCUUCUUCCUCCAUCAUGCUGCAAUUCCCCCAGGCUUUCUGACACACUGGGACGAGGCAGCGCUGCAGUGUUCUUCACCAGAGAGAGACUGGAGUGUUUCUGGGGGGGAGGUGGGAGGAUCUGUCUUUGUUCAUGGGGAAAUAUUCAAAUUUAUAUUUGGGGAGGAAAACAAGGGGGAUAGGAUGAUCUAAAGACAGAAGGGGUUUAUGAAGAGAUGGGCCUGAAUGUGGAUUUAUGAAUCCUGUGUAAACAUGUCUUAUAAGUAUACAGUCAUUAUAAGUUGAUCCAAAGAUAUAUAGUCUGGAGGAAAAGAGGAAAUGAAUUGAAACAGCUGUUAGAAUUACUUUAUAUUUUUGUAUUUCUUGACUGUUAACUUUGCCUCUUUCCAAAAGCUUCCCUUUUUAUUAUUUUGCAAGAUGAAUGAAAGAGUUCUGUACUGUGAGACUUGCUUUCUAAAGACACACCCAGUGAUUGACAGUGUGUCAGAAGAAAGCCUUAUUCAAAACCUUUAAAGUUAAGAAAGUUAUAAAAGAAUAAAUAUUUGCUGAAUAAACUUGAACUGAGUCA